AUGGAACAAGUACUAUCCACACUCCAAGAGAUACAAAAAGAGCUAAACGAACAAAAAACAACGAUUCGGGAGAGCGGAAAAAACGUUACUGAACAAGUGACCCAAAAUAUCAAUACAAUCAUUGAUGAAAAAUUCGUAAAAUGGGAAGAAAAGUACGAUAUUCUUAAGGAGAAAGUGGACACACAAGAAAAAAGGCUAUGUAUUUUAGAAAAACAGGCGAGGCAAAGAAACCUAAUAUUUUUCGGAAUUGAAGAAAACAAUUUACCAUAUUCUGAACAGGAGAACGCCAUCAUAUCAUUUAUCGAAGAACACUUCAAAAUUGAACUGGACCGCAAGGAUAUUCAGGCAUUUAGAAGAUUAGGCGUAAAAAAGGACAGACCCCGCCCCAUAGGGGUAACAUUCUCAACCCUUGGUACAAAAAUCAAUAUUUUGAAAAACAAGAAAAUGCUCAACAAUACUGGAUAUUACAUCACUGAGGACUUCCCACCAAACAUCUUAGAAAAAAGGAGAGAAUUACAAACUCAACUAAAAAUGGAAAACGCGAACGGGAAUAAAGCCUUCAUCAAGUAUGACAAAUUAGUAAUCGUUGGAAAAUCAAUAGACAUGACAUCCAACAAAAAAAGGAACCUCCAAAUAUCACCAGAGAACAAUCAACGCCAGAAUGACUAUAGAACACAGGUUUCAAAGAAAAAUAAAACCCAACCUAUGCAUUCACCAUUACAAAGACCACAAAGCGUAUCGGAGACAGUUCUAAAACCAGGAAUAUUAAAUUAUUUAGUAAAUAAAAAUCCAAACAACAAAGAAAAACAAGACACGAACUUAUAG